GCUCAUUAAACAAACAUACAGGACACUUGCACAUUGGAGCCAUACGGCCAGGGCGGCGCGGUGGGGACAAGUAGGCUGAAAGACGAAAUCGAAGGCGUUGCGUGUAAAAAUACACAAGAGCUGUGUCAAGGCGUACCUUCCGAGACAUAUCUUGUUGAAUCGCACCCCGUUAUUAGCGAAGCAUGAUUGACGUGCGCCCUGGCUAAUACUGUUAAUCCUAUACUCGCAUAAUGGAAGAAGUCGAAGGACAGAAGAACGGAAUCGGGCUGGCCUACAACGCCCUGUCGCUUGACUCGUCACGAGCUUUCUGUGGUUCCUGCGAAGAGGUUGAGCUAUGCGACCUCCCUGGCAUGGACUGGCAGAACGUGUCCUCCGUGGAAAAGGCGAUCAGUGUGAUCCCUGAUUGCUCCCGAACGCUGCACACAACGGCAGGCGCAGUGUCUGGCCGGCAGCGUACAGCGUCAGAAGUUCUCAAACCGUCAGAUUGUCGGCCCUAACGGGUCUUCCAACGCUGAUUGUUUCUCGGGGUCGCGUCGGUACUGCUCGCCGGUCGGACGAGGAACGGAGAACAGAACAUCCGCUGGUAAGGCGGGCACAGCCGCAUACGCCGUGCUGCUAAAGCGGGGCUCGUAUCGGAACCUGCAACAUACGGCAAUUUUACAACUGCGAUGGGUUAGGAAGAGACGGGAGGCUGGCGUCAUGGUGGUCGCCAAGUCGAAGGAGUACUAGUACUAGCAUUAGUAAUUAAUAUAGGC